GGCAGCAUGGCGGCGCUGAGCUGAGGUAGCGACUCGACUGGACUGACACCGAUAGCCUGGCUUUCGUUAGCUUUCCUUGUCACCUGCUCACUCGCAGGGCCAGGCCGAAAAUGACGGCCUGAGAGAGAAGCUAUAACAAGACCAAGAGAUGCAGCAGCAACAACAACAGCGGCCACCACAGCAGCAGCAGCAGCAGCAGCACUCACAGUCGAAGGCAGAAAACAGUAAAACCAAGAGCAUGUUUCUGUCCAGGGCGCUGGAGAAAAUCCUCUCGGAUAAGGAGGUGAAGAGGAGCCAGAACAGCCAGCUGCGCAAAGCCUGUCAGGUGGCGCUCGAUGAAAUCAAGGCAGAGCUUGAAAAACAAAAGGAUGGCACAGUGGUUCCACCCAGAGCCAACUACAUCGAGGCUGACAAAUAUGUCCUGCCCUUUGAGUUGGCCUGUCAGUCAAAGUCCCCCCGGAUAGUUAGCACCUCUUUGGACUGUCUGCAGAAGCUGAUCGCGUACGGCCACAUCACAGGCAAUGCCCCGGACAGCCGAACCCCAGGCAAGAGGCUGAUCGACCGGCUGAUGGAAACCGUCUGCAACUGCUUCCAGGGCCCGCAGACCGAUGAGGGAGUCCAGCUACAGAUCAUUAAGGCCCUGCUGACGGCAGUGACCUCCCCGCACAUAGAGAUUCACGAGGGUACCGUGCUCCUUACCGUCAGAACCUGCUACAACAUCUACCUGGCCAGCCGCAACCUCAUCAACCAGACCACCGCUAAGGCCACACUCACACAGAUGCUCAAUGUUAUCUUCACACGCAUGGAAAACCAGGCUGCUCUGGAGGCUCAGGAGCAGGAGAAGGAACGGCUUCGUCUGCCUCAGCAGAACCCGUCCCCAGUCCCAGGUAAUCGGAGGUCCGGCUCUCCCCGGUCUGACCGGACACCCACUCCGGAACCCCAGAACUCCCCGUCCCCAGCAGCCAGUUCUCCAGACCUCACUACCACCAACACCACCAGCUCCACGCCCCCACCUCCAGCCCCUGACGUGGACCAGGACCAAGCGCCAGACACACCAUCAAUCAAUGGAGAACCUGAGGGCGGCAACGCUCCGAUGAAUGGAGGAGAGGAACAGAUCACACCAUCAAGAGAUUCUGUUUUUGAAGAUGAAGGUGUAGAGACACCUCCUACAGCAGCUGAGCCAGCUGAGGAAGGGGACAAACCAGAGAGCAAUCCAAAUCUGGCAGCAACUGAAGGGGAGGAGGGAGAACAACAAGGAACAGGAGGUGAGCACCACCCUGUUGAUGAGCAGACUGAAGUGGCUCCCCCCAGAGUCAGAACAGAAGGUCAGCAGAUGAACGGCAUCAUUGAGGACCGCUCUUCUGUUUCCUCCACAGAUAUGCUGGAUGCUGAGGCUCUGCAGGGACCCCACAGUGCAGCCCGAUUCUCUCACAUCCUGCAGAAAGAUGCCUUUCUGGUUUUCCGCUCUCUGUGCAAACUCUCCAUGAAGCCUCUUGCUGAUGGACCUCCAGACCCAAAGUCCCAUGAGUUGCGGUCCAAGAUCGUCUCCCUGCAGCUGCUGCUCUCUGUGCUGCAGGGCGCCGGGCCCGUGUUCCGCACUCACGAGAUGUUCGUCAACGCUAUCAAACAGUAUCUGUGUGUGGCACUGUCCAAAAAUGGCGUCUCCUCUGUGCCUGAGGUCUUUGAGCUUUCACUGGCAAUCUUCCUCACCUUGCUCUCCCACUUCAAGGUCCACCUGAAGAUGCAGAUUGAGGUGUUUUUCCGGGAGAUUUUCCUGACCAUCCUGGAGACAUCGACCAGCUCCUUCGAGCACAAGUGGAUGGUUAUCCAGACACUAACACGCAUCUGUGCAGAUGCCCAGUGCGUGGUUGACAUUUACGUGAACUAUGACUGUGACUUGAAUGCAGCCAACAUCUUUGAGCGCCUUGUCAAUGACCUGUCUAAGAUCGCUCAGGGCAGAAGUGGUCAGGAGCUCGGGAUGACUCCACUGCAGGAGCUGAGCCUACGAAAGAAGGGUUUGGAGUGUCUGGUGUCCAUCCUUAAAUGUAUGGUGGAGUGGAGCAAAGACAUGUAUGUCAACCCAAACCUUCAAGCUAACCUGGGCCAGGAGCAUCCAUCUGACAGUGAGGGAGGAGAGCUGAAGCUCCCAGAGCAGCUGGUGGGACGUCGAGACAGUAUCAGCUCUCUAGACUCCACUGUCUCCUCCAGCGUCACGGUUUCCCAGGCGGACCAUCCGGAGCAGUAUGAGGUCAUCAAACAGCAGAAGGACAUUAUUGAGCACGGCAUCGAACUUUUCAACAAGAAGCCAAAGCGAGGCAUCCAGUACCUGCAGGACCAGGGCAUGCUGGGUUCCACAGCUGAGGACAUCGCCCAGUUCCUACACCAGGAGGAUAGACUGGACACUACCCAGGUGGGAGAAUUCCUGGGCGAGAACAUCAAGUUCAACAAAGAGGUGAUGUACUGCUACGUGGACCAGCUGGACUUUUGUGGGCGGGACUUUGUCUCAGCACUAAGAGCAUUCCUGGAAGGCUUCAGGCUGCCUGGUGAGGCCCAGAAGAUUGACAGGCUGAUGGAAAAGUUUGCUGCUCGAUACUUAGAGUGCAACCAGGGACAGACUCUGUUUGCCAGUGCAGACACUGCCUACGUGCUGGCAUACUCAAUCAUUAUGCUCACCACUGACCUGCACAGUCCUCAGGUGAAAAACAAGAUGACAAAGGAGCAGUACAUCAAGAUGAAUCGUGGUAUUAAUGACAGUAAGGACCUGCCUGAAGAGUAUUUAUCCUCCAUAUACGAUGAGAUUGCAGGCAAGAAGAUCGCCAUGAAGGAGAGCAAAGAGUUCUCAAUCACUCCAAAGUCCACCAAGCAGAGUGUAGCCAGUGAAAAGCAGCGGCGUCUGCUGUACAACAUGGAGAUGGAGCAGAUGGCGAAGACUGCCAAAGCUCUGAUGGAGGCUGUGAGCCACGCUCAGGCCCCUUUCUUCAGCGCUACACACCUGGAGCAUGUGAGACCCAUGUUCAAGCUGGCUUGGACGCCCUUGCUGGCAGCGUUCAGUGUGGGCCUGCAGGACUGUGACGACCCAGAGGUGGCGUCACUGUGUCUGGAGGGCAUUCGAUGCGCCAUCAGGAUCGCCUGCAUCUUCAACAUGCAGUUGGAGCGAGACGCUUAUGUCCAAGCCUUGGCCAGAUUCACCCUGCUGACAGCCAGUUCCAGUAUCACAGAGAUGAAGCAGAAGAACAUUGACACCAUCAAGACCCUGAUCACAGUGGCACACACUGACGGAAACUACCUGGGAAACUCUUGGCACGAGAUCCUGAGGUGUAUCAGUCAGCUGGAGCUUGCUCAGUUGAUCGGCACAGGGGUAAAGACACGCUACAUCUCGGGGGUGGUCCGGGACAGGGACGUCAGCAUCAAGGGCUUACCCUCCGGAACAGAGGAGUUCAUGCCCCUGGGGCUGGGUAACUUGGUGGGAAGUCAGGACAAGAGACAGAUGGCUCACAUCCAGGAGUCAGUAGGAGAGACCAGCUCUCAGAGUGUUGUGGUAGCUGUGGACAGGAUCUUCACUGGUUCCACCAGACUAGAUGGAAAUGCCAUUGUGGACUUUGUGCGGUGGCUGUGCGCGGUGUCCAUGGACGAGCUGGCCUCAGCACACCAGCCGAGGAUGUUCAGCUUGCAAAAGAUUGUGGAAAUCUCAUACUAUAACAUGAACCGCAUCAGGCUUCAGUGGUCUCGCAUUUGGCAGGUCAUAGGAGACCACUUCAACAAGGUGGGCUGUAACCCCAAUGAGGAUGUAGCCAUCUUUGCUGUGGACUCACUGAGGCAGCUCUCCAUGAAGUUCUUGGAGAAAGGAGAGCUGGCCAACUUCCGCUUCCAGAAAGACUUCCUCAGGCCUUUUGAGCACAUCAUGAAGAAGAACAGGUCCCCAACUAUCAGAGACAUGGUGAUCAGGUGUGUGGCUCAGAUGGUGAACUCUCAGGCGGCCAACAUUCGUUCAGGUUGGAAGAACAUCUUCUCAGUGUUUCAUCAGGCAGCCUCCGACCACGAUGAGACCAUAGUGGAGCUUGCCUUCCAGACCACUGGGCACAUUGUCAUGAACACCUUCCAGCAGCACUUUGCAGCUGCUAUUGAUUCGUUCCAAGAUGCAGUGAAGUGCCUGUCGGAGUUUGUGUGCAACGCAGCUUUUCCUGACACCAGCAUGGAGGCUAUCAGACUCAUACGACACUGCGCUAAAUACGUCUCAGAAAGGCCACAGGCCCUGAGGGAAUACACCAGUGAUGACAUGAAUGUUGCCCCUGGAGAUCGGGUGUGGGUUCGUGGCUGGUUUCCCAUUCUCUUUGAGCUCUCUUGUAUUAUCAACCGCUGCAAGCUGGACGUCCGGACCAGAGGUCUCACAGUCAUGUUUGAGAUCAUGAAGAGCUACGGUCACACCUUCGAGAAGCACUGGUGGCACGACCUCUUCAGAAUCGUCUUCCGCAUCUUUGACAACAUGAAGCUCCCCGAGCAGCAGACAGAGAAAACCGAGUGGAUGACGACAACAUGUAACCACGCUCUGUAUGCCAUCUGUGACGUGUUCACCCAGUUUUAUGAGCCUCUCAGUGAAAUCCUGCUGGCUGACAUUUUCACACAGCUACAGUGGUGUGUCAGGCAAGACAACGAGCAGCUGGCUCGGUCAGGGACAAACUGUCUGGAGAACCUGGUGAUUCUUAAUGGGGAGAAGUUCAGCCCUGAGGUCUGGAACAUCACCUGCUCCUGUAUGCUGGAGAUCUUCCAAAACACCAGCCCUCAUGCUUUGUUGACUUGGCGACCGGCUGGACAAGAAGAAGAAACCACAGAUGGCAAGCAUUUUGAUGCUGAUUUUGACAGCCUGUCCCAGAGCAGCUACGACAGAGCUCUAUCUGAGAGAGGACACAGCCAGAUGUCCAGUGACGACACCUGGAAGAGCAAGUCCAAUGCUAGUGAGUACACAGCAUUCACACAGUCGUACCCUGUCGCUGACUGUCACUGUAACAUUGGACUGCCAUUGUCAGUCUUGUCCCUCAUAAAUGCUCACAUCUCUACACCACUUGUUUUUUUCUGUUCUCCAGGAGUUUCAGACCAGAAGCUGUUUGCAGGCCUGCUGAUCAAAUGCGUGGUACAGCUUGAACUAAUCCAGACAAUAGACAACAUUGUCUUUUACCCAGCAACCAGCAAGAAGGAGGAUGCUGAGAACAUGGCUGCUGCACAACGAGAUGCUCUGGAAGAGUCGGAGGCUGAGGGAGUCUACGCAGGCUCAGAACAGGGUAUGUACAGACACAUGACCUCUGCGCACCUCUUCAAGCUGCUGGAUUGUCUGCUUGAGUCGCACACCUUCGCCAAGGACUUCAACUCCAACAACGAACAGAGGACAGCACUCUGGAGGGCAGGCUUUAAAGGGAAAUCUAAGCCCAACUUGUUGAAGCAGGAGACCAGCAGUCUUGCCUGCAGCCUGAGGAUCUUGUUCAGGAUGUACUCUGACCUGCAGCUGCAGGACUCCUGGCCUGACAUCCAGACACGCCUGCUGCUCGUGUGUAGUGAAGCUCUGGCCUACUUCAUCAGUCUGACCUCAGAGAGCCACAGAGAGGCUUGGAACAGCCUGCUGAUGUUACUGCUCACCAGGACACUACGGCUGCCCGAUGACAAGUUCAAGCCCCAUGCCUCCUGCUACUACCCCCAACUGUGUGAAAUGAUGCAGUUUGACCUGAUCCCCGAGCUGCGAGCAGUCCUCAGGCGCUUCUUCCUGCGCAUCGGCCUCGUCUUCCACAUCGCUGCUCCCGAGGUGGCACCCGCCAGAACUCCCACAUCCUAGAAUGAGUGGGUGCAGGGUUGGGUGGAGGGACGGAUGGAGAAACGGAGAUGACACUGAUGAGUAGAUCACAGGUGGACACAUAAGAGACUUUCCCCCUCUUCUGGACUGGAACAGAUUACGGAGGGGCUGUAACGGCAGGAGGGAGACAACCAAGACUGUAGCUUUUCUGUCUCAGUUCAGGAGUUUGCAUUAAAGUGUUCGGCUUUUCUACUGCACUCAGCUUGCAGAAAAGUUUCACCCUGUCCUUCCUCCCUUUUUUCUCUCGGGGAUGAACAGCACUGUGACCGGCACUCUCUGCUGACUGUUGUCAUUCAUCAUCCCCCAAGAACUGUAAACAAAUAAUUUAUUGAUAUUGUACCUGAUUUUGAUGGUUUGUUUUUUCUGUUGUUUUUUUUUGUUUUUUUUUUAACAAAAAAAGUGUGUCUACAUGCUGAAAGCAAAUGAACGGAAGCAUUGAAUUUGAGGAACCUUACAUUUACCCUUUGUGAAAAAUCUCUUGGCCGCCUGUGCCUGUUAUAAAAUUAUAACAUCAUCAGUUUCGCCCUCAUAGUGAGUUUGGUGAUCUAAUCAAAAUAUCUUGUGAUAUCUCACAUGUUGAUGCCCAUCACAAAGUAGUGUUUGCCACUUUAAUGUUUAUGUUCCUUUUUAUGUCUGCAUUGUUUGGUAGUGGGCUCGAGAGGCUGAAACUCUCAGCUGCGGGAGAAAACAAUCUGCAUCUCUUACAACACUAUGGGAGAUGUAAUGCGGCUUUGUUUGUGACGCGUCCCCUCUCUGUGACACAACCGUCCUGUCAUCUUUAUAAUUCCUUGCCUGUUAAAGAGAUUUUACUUAUUUAUUUUGCUCACUUGCUUUAAUUUGUUUUAUGAUUAUUUUUCAGCAUGAUUGCUGGUUUACAAUGAAAGGUUGGUUGAAAGACUUGCUACUUCCCUCUACCAUGCAUUCCUCUGUGUUGACCCAGUAAGCCUUACACUGAAGGACUUAACAUGGAGUCAACUCCUCUUGGCUUUAGAAUUAUAGCUGGCUCAUAAAACCCCCCACUAAUCCAUCAGUUGGCCCUGUAAGGUGACACAGUGGUUGUCCAUUUCCCACAGUCUUUUGCACAUCCGUUGCCGACAGUUUUCUCAUGUAUUAAUACCACCCAGUGCAUCACCUUGCUCUGGAUGGUUGGAACGCCUGUCAGUGUUGUCACAUUCAACAGUAGAGUUUAACCACAGAAAGGUUCAGGAACAGAGCGAAACCAAAACACACAUCUACAGAGACACAGGAAUCUCUGUAACUCUGGAUCCCUCAUAGGUUAUUCCAUGCCUUUUUUAAAAAAGAAGGAUGUAUGUAAUUAUUUAAAGUGCAUUUAAAUAUUUUUUGAGAAGCAUUCCUUCCCUCGCAACUAUGGAUGUCUACUUUUCUUCCCUAAUGCUAGGGAAUAUAUAAAUAUAUAUAUAUACAGUAAAUGAAAAAAAGCAGACUGUAAAGUUUUCAAUGUAAGAUACAUAGAAAUGAAAGUGCUAUACGGUUCUAUACAUAAUAUUGUGAUGUAAUCUUCCAAACAUUUGGUGAAGUAAUCAAUAAACCCGAAUUCUGAUCCACUCUAGUGACUAUUGAUUCAGUUUGAAAGUGCUUUAGAGCUUUCUCACAUAAACCUUUUCCACCAAAUCAGCUCUGAAUCUUGAACCGGUUGUGUUCAGGCCUCUUGGAAACUUGGUGCUCUCCAGCGAAGCAGAUCAGAGCCAUUGUAAUCAAGGAUUUGUCAUCAGUGGAGGGCGUUGCACAAUGCACAAUGGAUGCAAACAGUAGUAGCAAGAUGGCAGAUCACAUAGAUUGCCCGUGAACUUUUGUUCUGCAAUUAUAGAUAUUUGUUUUUAACCAAAAAUAAAAUGGACUGCCUAUUAAUGAGA